AUGUACCAGCUGGAUAAGAAUUGUUUCCUGAGUGUGAAGAAGAAGAGGCGAGAGCGACCCUGGGCCAGCCAAAGCCCACACGCCGCUGCAUCCUGUGCCCAGCACCUACGUCCUGCUGCCACGCCCAAGAGAAGAGCUGAAGGGGAUGCUAAAGGAGAUAAAGCCAAGGUGAAGGAUGAACCACAGAGAAGACCCAUGAGGCUGUCUCCUAACCCUGCUCCUCCAAAGCCAGAGUCCAAGCCUAAAAAGAUACCUGCAAAGGAGGGAGAGAAGGUACCCAAAGGGGAAGAGGGAAAAGCUGAUGCUGGCAAGGAGGGGAAUAACCCUGCAGAAAAUGGAGAUGCCAAAACAGACCAGGCACAGAAAGCUGAAGGUGCUGGAGAUGCCAAGUGAAGUGUGUGCAUUUUUGAUAACUGUGUGCUUCUGGUGACUGUACAGUUUGAAAUACUAUUUUUAUCAAGUUUUAU